GCGGGGCCGUGAAAACGGACAUCGGUGACGUUACGCGAUGAGCUGUGCCGUGCUGUCACCGGCUGUUGGCUCGAAGACGAAGGCGAAGUGGAUGAGUCUCAGCGGGCUGCGUGUCCACGAGCGGACCGUAGCGCUCGGCGGCACGUCUGGGGCUGAAAGGCGGUUACCGGAUGACCGAUCGGGACCCCGGCGCCUCGCCAGUCUCCCGGCGACGGUAUCACUUAUAUAACCGAAGGGAUUGUUGAGACAAAAAAAAAAAAAAAAAAACCGAGAAAAAAAAAGACAAACUGUGAUAACGGACUAGUGCCAACACAGGUCGGAGUUGAAGCCAUUUUUUUUUUCCUCAGCACAGCGGACGGAUUCUCACAGCGGCCGGGUUCAAACUGAGAUCAUUUAGCGUCCGCGCAUUGCACGGUAGGUAGAGCCGCCGCCGCCGCCGCCAUGAAUGUGGGCACGGCGCACAGCGAGGUGAACCCCAACACCCGAGUGAUGAACAGCAGGGGCAUGUGGCUGUCUUACAUCCUGGGCAUCGGCCUCCUGCACGUCAUCCUGCUCAGCAUUCCCUUCGUCAGCGUACCCGUGGUCUGGACCCUCACCAAUCUCAUCCACAAUCUGUGCAUGUACCUCCUACUGCACACGGUCAAAGGGACCCCCUUUGAGACCCCGGAUCAGGGCAAGGCUCGCCUCCUGACCCACUGGGAGCAGAUGGACUAUGGUGUGCAGUUUACUGCUUCGCGCAAGUUCCUCACCAUCACGCCUAUCGUCCUCUACAUCCUGACCAGCUUCUACACCAAAUACGAUCGAGUCCAUUUCGUGGUCAACACUGUGUCCCUGCUCACUGUGCUCAUCCCCAAGCUGCCCCAGCUCCACGGCGUGAGGAUCUUUGGGAUUAAUAAGUACUGACAAGGCGGAAGAGGACACCUCCUUCCCCGAAGUCCCCAGGGACUGCGGAGAGCACGCAGAGUACCGGGCCUCUGAUUUGGCCGCAGAUCCGGGAGGAUCCGUAGCUCCGCGGCUCCCGACCCUGCUGAGCAGCUCUCUAAAUGAAGCCUACCGGGGACGCUGCCAUGGUACCAAACCCCAGGGAGGAGACACGGUAUUCUACAGAGAGAGCACAAAGGAAAAGUGUCCUGUUGUGGUUGCUCGAGGCCUAUCUCCCUUGAGUUACAAGUUUUCCAGAGACAUUUAAAAAGCAUUUGUAUAGGGGGAGUAUUCUGUCCAUUUCUGUAGAAAUGACAAUGUCUGAUGUGACAGGUGUCGGGGUAGAGGACAAUGUAGUUGCACAAAUAUCAUGUGCCAUUCUGCACCCACUGGCACACAGAGGCAGUUGUUUGUUUUUCUUUCUUUUUUUUUUU